CUUCGGGUGAGUUUCCGGAGCCAUGGGCCCAUGGGGCCUGGAGCACUCAGAUCAUGGCAAUCGGGCCCCAAGUGGCGCCGGACCUGAGCUUGUCUGUGCCGCGCCUGGCGCCGGCCGGCCCUUUGAAGGGGCAGGCGCAAGCGACGCCUCUGCGGGAGCUCCCGUUGCAGGAGGCUGCUUCCUAUGCGGAGCUCCAGCCUCGCGCAAGGCAAGAACGGCCCAGCCCAAGCCAGCCGAGUCGCGCCUGGCCGCAAGAGCCGAGCCGCGCCUGGCCGCAAGAGGUGCGCCGCGAGCGCGACGAGGGCGACGCGAUCCCACAGAUCCCACAGAUCCCGAGCCGCCGGGAGCGGGAGCGGGAGCGGGAGCGGGAGCGGGAGCGGGAGCGGGAGCGGGAGCGGCCCGAGCCUAAAGUCAGGCUUGGAAAGCGGUCCAGCUCCUCCCCAAAGCUGUCAGAGCCAAUGGUGCCGGCCGACUGGUCCGCCAGUCUGCGGCGCAAGCCCAAGCCCAAGGUUCAGCGCCCGGAGAUCUCCCAGCGGUCUCUGAGCGACCUGGUGGAACAUUUGGGGCUCGACAUGCCGGAAAUACCCACCAUGCCCACGCGGCGGGUCCCAGUCCAGCGAACCCCACUGCGGCCCCAGCCGAAGCCCAAAGCAUCGCCGUCUCCUUUCGCCCGCGAGUGGGGCGUGGAGGCUCUGUAUCCCUCGGAGCCGUCGGCUAUGCCGUUCGAGGCCUCAGAGGCGUCCGACGUCCAUGACAUGGGAUAUGCCUGGCCCAGCGACCCCGACUCCUUUGAGCCGCUCAGCUCCAUGGUUCGCUCCCUGGAGUUCCAGGUCGCGGCGCUCUUCGAGCUCAUGGAUGUGCAUUCCAUGGGCGCGGACAGCUCUGUGCUGGAGGUCAUUAACAGGACAGCUCAGUAG